GGGAAGUUUUGGGAGAGAUUAUAGCAUCGGGAGAAGAAAUCUUAGUAAUUGAAUGAAUGAGCACUCCAUGCCCACCUUCCCUACUUUCACUCGCCAUUGAUGCUGCACUCUUCAAUCUCCACAAUAUCUCCGAUCUCUCUUUUCUUCCUGAACACCUCCUCAUCGAUCUCUUCCUGAGAACCCUCAGGGCCGGGAAACUAACCGAUAGGAUUUUGAGGAUUUUCGUGGCAACUGGGAAGGAAGAAAUUCUUUCUGUGAUUCAAGCGCUUAAUAUUCAGUUUGUUCUUACCCCUGUCCUCCCGACUAGAUGCUCGGACAAGUUCUAAGGCUGAGCACGGGUUGAGCUCAUCCACUCGACUUCACUAAUUUUCAGGUGCACCAAAAAAAACUGUUUGAUUUUUGUUUGGAUCGCCUUCUUUCUGAUUUUAUCACAGUAUGUCUCAAGUAACCAUCGAUAGCAAUGAGGUUGAUAUCGUGAUUGCUGCUUUUCAUUCUGACCUUACCUCCUUCAUGGAGGAAUGGAGGCCUAUAUUUUCCCGAUUCCAUUUGAUAAUAGUCGAAGAUCCUGACCUCAAAGAAGAACUCAAAAUCCCGAAAGGCUUCGACUUUGAUGUCUACACCAAAUCAGACAUAGACAAAUUAGCCGGUUCUUCCAAUGCCGCCAUGUUUUCUGGAUAUUCAUGCCGCUAUUUCGGCUAUCUUGUUUCGAAAAGGAAGUACAUAAUAUCGAUCGAUGAUGAUUGCAGUCCAGCGAAAGACAACAAUGGCGAUUUGGUAGAUAUAGUCACCCAACACAUCACCAACCUUAGAACUCCGGCAACUCCGUUCUUUUUCAACACGCUCUACGACCCUUAUAGGAAAGGAGCGGAUUUUGUUCGCGGGUACCCUUUUGGCUUACGAAGUGGGGUCACUUGUGUUCUUUCA